GGCCUGCUUACAUCAAUUUAUUUGUUCAUUAAAUUUUUUUAAGCCCACCCAUCUCCUCUGCAAGAUGAGAGGCUUUCGCAUUAUACCAUAAUAAAUAAAAACCAAUGAAUAAGCCAGUGUUUUAACCUCUGACCGGGACAAGCGCGCAAAACGCACAAAAGGUAAAACAUCAAAGCAGCUGUUCAAUUAUUGCUCGCUGCUUCCGGCAGGCCACGCCUCCCUGGCAAAGCUCCUCCCUCCUCCGGGAGGUUUUCCGCGGGCGGGUCGGUUAGCGCAUGCGCGAAUGCCCGAACGGCUCCACCCCGGUGACUCGUCCGUGACGUCAGUCGAUUCCAGGCUCGCCAUUGGCGGAGAAGCGGCGUCCUUUAAAUUUCAAACGGGAGCUGCCGUUGAGGGGCCGGGUCGGGCAGCGGCGUUCGGACGGCGGUGAGGGGACUGCGCUGACUCGCGUCUCCGGGCCUUCCCACGGUUUUUUCCCCCCCUCCUCGGGUCGGAUUCCGUUCCGCGUCCUCGCCCCCGGCUGAGUGCUGAGAGGAGGGGCUCCGAUCCCGGUUCCUGAGGUUUACAACAACGACCACAACAACAGCCCAUCUUCUUGAGAGUUUCCCUGAUUAUGGUUCCCUGAGGUUCUCGAUUUGAUGGCCACUCAAAACUCUUAACACCAGUUCGCUUCCCUUCAGGCUGGCCUUCCCCCUUGCGGGAGCAAGGGACCUCAACCUUUCCGGCCCGCACUCUCUGGACUUACCAGUGUUCCCAGAACACAGCCCAUCAUACUCACACAGCCAUUAUUGCAGAAAGCCUCCCACAAUCGCUCUCCUGACCACCCAGGAUGAGUCUCCACGCUUUAAAUGGAGAAAAUGUCGGCGACGACAUAGCGGCCGAAAACUACGCCAUGCUUUUGACACCUGCGGAGACCCCAGGCAGGACUUCCAUCCUUCGGCUGUCGCAGAAAGAAAAUGUGCCUCCGAAGGGAGUAGUGAAACCUAUGAAGGUAACUUUCCAAACGCCGCUGCGGGAUCCUCAGACUCGCAGGCUCCUGACUCCAGAUAAAAAGAAAAGGCCUGAAAUUUCUCUUAGAGCAGAGUUUACAGACAAUCUUCUCUUGACUCCAUGCACCGCUGUCAGGAGUCAGCCAACAGCGACCCCAGAGAUUACUUCGGGAAAAAAGAAGGCACAAACCGAAGGAAAGCUCCUGAUUCCUGAUCUGUUAGAUGAGGAUCUGACCUUCCCAACUCCUUUCAAUGACGCUGAGCCAUUUAAUUGCUCAGGCAGCCUGCUUAGAUUCUCUAAGGGCCAGAAACUGUCCCUGCUGGAAGGUUUUACUGGAGCUGAAAAGCAAGGUGGGUUUUCCCUUGCCUGCGAUUUGUUUUCCUUCCCUCAGAGCCUUCCCGAAACUAUUCCCUCCGAGGGGGCGGGCUGCACAACCAGGAAUCCUUUCUCCCUGGACUCAUUGCUGCACGAGGACGACGUCCCCGAGCCAGUUCUAAGUGGCUGUCGGGCCCGAAGCCUUGUUCCCAGCAGAACCUCCAACCCUGAGCCCUUACCAAUAUUGUACUUAGAACAGUCUCGCCUGCGGCCCGUUCAAAAAUCAGGGAGCUUUGAAAAUGUAAACAAGGGCGAAAUAAAGAACAUUGAAAAGGAGACUAGCACUGAAAUGAAUAAAAGCUGGGCCCCCAAACUCUCCGACUGCAUUGACUUUGAUUCUGACUGGGACGCUUUGGGCUGUGAGGCCAACAUUCCAGCCCCUGAAUGUCCAGCACCCGGGAUAUUGCCACCGGAUGUCCCGAAAGAGGAAGCAGACGCUCUGCAAACGCAGGAAGAGAAAGUGCCGGAUACGCUUGAGACUCUGGGAUUCAUCCCCAGCAGCCCGAAAGAGAUUGAUGAUCGGAUUUUGACUAACAGCCAGCCUGGGGCUGAAAACGAUGAUCGAGGGAAACCUUCAGAGGAAACCCUGGUGAAGCCAGAAGCCACCUUAUCCGAGGCCUCGGACCAAGGAGGUGUGUUUCUGAAUGGGCAGCUGCCCUCAGGGGAUCUGGUGCCCAGGGCCCUCGGGGGAAGGACAGAAGCGGGGAGCGAAAGUGACCAGCUGUUCACAGAAAAUGAAGAAUUCCGAUCACCCCUGGAAGUUCUUGGAACACAGAUAGACUACCUGGAGCAAUUUGGGAUGGCCUCGCUGAAGGAGUCUGUUUGGAGGAAGCAGUCCCUGUACUUGAAGUUUGACCCUCUGCUCAGGGAAAGCCCGAAGAAAAAAGGUCCCAGUCCUGACGAAGGAACUUUUCCGGGGGCUGCCUUGCUACAAAACGUGACUUCCACCAAGACUGCCUCCCCUGAAGUCAAAGCACCUGGACAGGAGGAAAAGCUGGUGGACCUUGACUUCCAAGUUUUUCCAGAUCCGGCCAAGACACCGGCCCAGCUCCCCGCCAAUCAGGAGGCGCCCUUCUUCCCCUGGGCCCGGCCUUCCGAAGCGGCCGCCGAGGGGCUGAACCCCGGCCGAAAAGACACGGAAGAAGACGCCUUGUGGAAGGUCACGCUGGAGAGGGAUGCUACUGUCCAGAGCCUCACUGCCAAGGUAGAGGAAAAACAAAAGGAAGCCCUGGAAUGGAAGAAGAAGCACGACAAGAUUUAUGCCGAAAAGAAAGAAAUGGAAAAAAUUGUUGCCGAGUUUGAGGGCAUCAUAGUACAAGUGAUGGAGGAUUGUCAGAGCCAGAAGGAGCUGGCCAAAAAAGAAGCACAGAAAGCCUUGGAUGAAAAACAGCAGGCCAUUUCUGACCUGAAUGCCUUGGAAACCUCUUUCUCCGAAUUCUUCAACCGGUUUAAAAAACAAAAGGAGGCCAUUGAAGGAUUUCAAAAGAAUGAAGAAACGCUGAAGAAGUGCGUGGAGGAUUACCUGGAAAGGAUUAAGAAGGAGGAGCAGAGAUACCAAGCCCUGAAGGCCCAUGCGGAGGAGAAGUUGGAUCAAGCCAACGAGGAGAUCGCCCAGGUGAGGAGCAAAGCCCAGUCGGAGGUGGCUGCGCUUGAUGCCAACCUGCGCAAGGAACAGAUGCGGGUCCAGUCGCUGGAGAGCAGCAUUGAGCAGAAGGUAAAAGAAAAUAAGGAACUCACAAAAAUCUGUGAGGAACUGAUCUCUAAGAUGGAAAAAUUGUGCUAGAUCUCUUCAUUCCUCCCAUUUUGUUCUCCAGUUUUGGGGUAGAUUAUUUAUUAAAUGUUUUUCUAUG